GGCUUUGAUGAUAGGAAGUACCGAAGUAGCUCUCUUUCUCUAUCUGAGAAGACAUUGAAGGGUGAGAGAGAAUCCAGUCAAUUUCACUGAAUUUAUUCUGUGAUCCUCAUCUUCUGUUAUCCAAUUUCACGUAUACUUACCCCACUCCUGCUCAUAUAUAACUAAUACUUCGUAGAAAUGUGUCAUGUGUGAGAGAGUUUCAAUGGAGGAAGAAAGACAUGGGUGCAUAAACAAACAAAUUUAUCAGUAACUUUCCUUUUUAAACCUUUCACCUUAAACCCUUUAUAAAUCUCCUGGGUUUAACGCAAAAAUGGCUGCCACCUCAUCUUCUUGCAAGGUUUUGUCUCAAAGAAAUUGCUUGCACAUUAGAGGGGCAGCUUGUGUGGGCUUGUUCAAUUUCAGAGGUAGCUCCUCUGCUAGAAUUGUAAAUAGAUUGCACUAUCGUACGCAUACAAGUGGUGUGCAGGAUCUGCCUUCUUCAAAGCGAAGGGCACGUGGACCAGUCAUGGCAGCAAAGAAAGGGUCUGGUAGGACAGAACAAGAUGGAAAGUACAAAGACACCGUAAAUUUGCCCAAGACAACAUUUGGAAUGCGGGCUAAUUCUGUAGUGAGGGAACCCGAACUUCAGAAAUUGUGGGAAGACAAUCAAGUAUUCAAGAGAGUCGCAGAGAGAAAUGAUGGGGGAACUUUCAUUCUUCAUGAUGGUCCACCAUAUGCUAAUGGUGAUUUACACAUUGGGCAUGCAUUAAAUAAGAUUUUGAAGGAUAUAAUCAACAGAUAUAAGCUUCUUCAAAAUUACAAGGUUCAUUAUAUCCCUGGUUGGGAUUGUCAUGGCCUUCCAAUUGAGUUAAAAGUUCUGCAAUCUAUGGAUCAAGAAUUAAGGAAAGAGCUCACUCCAAUUAAACUGCGAGCUAAGGCAGCCAAAUUUGCUAAAGAGACUGUUAAAACUCAGAUGGCUUCAUUUAAACGCUAUGGAGUCUGGGCCUCCUGGGAGAAGCCUUAUCUCACGUUGGAUCCUGAUUACGAAGCUGCCCAGAUUGAAGUCUUUGGCCAGAUGGCCCUUAAGAAGUAUAUUUAUAGGGGCAGAAAACCAGUUCACUGGAGCCCCUCUUCACGAACAGCUCUGGCAGAGGCUGAAUUGGAGUACCCUGAGGGACAUGUUUCAAAGAGCAUAUAUGCCAGUUUUAGAGUGCUUGAGCUGUCUUCAACUUCCCGUGGCUUAUUGGAGGAAUUUCUUCCAGACUUGUGCUUGGCUAUAUGGACCACAACUCCAUGGACUAUUCCAGCCAAUGCAGCUGUGGCGGUAAAUGCAAAACUCAAUUAUGCUGUGGUUGAACUACAGUCACCUGAAGAAGUCAUUCCAGUGUCUACUGCAAAUGGAAAGAGAAGGUUCGGUAAUAUUCUGGGAGAACAGAAGAAACCUAAUCUUAUCGUAGCCUCAGAUCUUGUGGAAACCUUGGAAGCAAAAUGGGGAGUGAAGCUUGUUGUCAAGAGAACGUUUUUGGGUUCAGAUCUCGAGAAUUGCAAAUAUUCUCAUCCAAUUGAUAAACGAGAAUGCCCAGUGGUGGUAGGAGGUGACUACAUCACAACAGAGUCAGGAACUGGACUCGUACACACAGCUCCUGGUCAUGGCCAGGAGGAUUAUAUAACUGGCUUGAAAUAUAAAUUGCCUAUUUUAUCACCCGUGGACGAUGAUGGAAAGUUCACAGCUGAAGCUGGACAGUUCAGUGGUUUAGAUGUACUCGGGGAUGGCAAUGUGGCAGUUGUAAAUUACUUGGAUGAGUGCUCAGCACUUAUUAUAGAAGAACCUUACAGGCACAAGUAUCCCUAUGAUUGGCGAACCAAAAAGCCUACUAUUUUCAGAGCCACUGAGCAGUGGUUUGCAUCAGUAGAAGGGUUCCGGCAGAUUGCCAUGGAUGCAAUCAACAAGGUGAUGUGGGUCCCAGCUCAGGCUGAAAAGAGGAUAUGUACUAUGACUGCAAGCCGCUCCGACUGGUGUAUAUCUCGGCAGAGGACUUGGGGAGUCCCAAUUCCUGUUUUUUAUCAUAAAGUGUCAAAGGAACCUUUGAUGAAUCAGGAGACUAUUAGUCAUAUCAAGUCUAUUGUAUCUGAGAAAGGAAGUGAUGCUUGGUGGUACAUGACUGUCGAACAAUUACUUCCUGAAAAAUAUCGUGAUAAAGCAUUGGACUACGAGAAGGGAACUGAUACAAUGGAUGUUUGGUUUGACUCUGGCUCGUCUUGGGCUGCUGUUGUGCAGAAAAGAGAAGGCCUCAGCCUUCCGGCAGAUUUGUAUCUUGAAGGUUCAGAUCAGCAUCGUGGGUGGUUUCAAAGUUCUUUGUUGACUUGUGUUGCAACUAGUGGAAUAGCUCCAUAUUCUAGUGUUGUAACACAUGGAUUUGUACUUGAUGAAAAGGGUUUAAAGAUGAGUAAGUCAAUUGGUAAUGUUGUAGAUCCUCGUAUUGUGAUUGAAGGUGGUAAAAACCAAAAGGAAUCACCAAGCUAUGGAGCAGAUGUCCUCAGACUUUGGGUUUCCAGUGUAGACUAUACAGGUGAUGUUAUGAUUGGAGGGCAGAUUCUUCGUCAGAUGUCUGAUAUAUAUCGAAAGCUUCGAGGAACUUUGCGCUAUCUUUUGGGAAACCUUUAUGAUUGGAAGGCGGAGAGUUCUGUUUCGUAUGAUGAUCUGCCCAUGAUUGAUCAGCAUGCAUUAUUCCAGCUGGAAAAUAUUGUCAAGAACAUUACUGAGGGUUAUGACAAGUAUCAGUUUUUCAAAAUAUUCCAGAUUAUCCAACGGUUUGUGAUUGUUGAUUUGUCAAAUUUCUAUUUUGAUGUUGCUAAAGAUCGUCUGUAUGUUGGGGGACUGACAAGCUUUACUAGAAGAAGUUGCCAGACUGUUCUGGCAGCACAUCUCCUUUCAAUCACGAGGGUUAUUGCUCCAAUAUUACCACAUUUAGCUGAGGAUGUGUGGCAGAACCUGCCAUUCGAGAUGGCCAAUGAUGAUGGCUCCACUGCAAAAUUUGUUUUCGAGUCAAGAUGGCCAGCUCUAAACGAGCAGUGGCUUGAUUUUCCUGAAGAUGAAGUUCAUUUUUGGUCUAAAAUUCUUGAGUUGAGAACUGAGGUAAAUAAAAUACUGGAAGUUGCUCGAACUGAGAAGUUAAUUGGGUCCAGCUUAGAAGCAAAGGUUUACAUUCACACUCCAGAUUCGAGACUUGCGAACAGAUUACAUCAGAUGUGUGAAGCUGAGAACGAUGCUGAUCUGCUUCAUCGCAUCUUUAUUACCUCCCAGGCCGAAAUAAUUUCUUCUUUAGAGAACAUACCUAGCGAGAAAAUAUCCUACAGUGGGGAGUAUAUGAUUCAAGGAAGUGAUCAUAAGGCGUGGAUUGGUGUAUCCAGAGCAGAAGGUUCAAAAUGUGAAAGAUGCUGGAAUUACUCAACCCAAGUUGGUUCCUUCACCGAUCAUCCGACUCUUUGUCCUCGCUGCUAUAACGUUGUUGGCACGCAGCCGAUUCCUGAAUUAGCAGCUGCUGUCAGUUGAAAUCUGAAGAGAAUGCACUCUGUGUAAUUCAUUGUUUCUUGGGUGUAUUAAGCCUCAAACAAGCCUUUAUAGCUGCUACUUAAUCGGUAUUUGAUUUAACCUCACUACGUUUAAGUGAUUAUAGUUGGAUUCAUCAUCAAGCAGCAGCCAGCUGGUAUCGAAGAUGAUGUACAGGAUUAUUCAUAGAACUGUAAAUUAAUAUUUGAGUUUUUGUCCUCAAUUUUGUAGCAAAAUAAUGAUACUGGGGAGAAUUUUUGUUUUACUUCUUUAUCUUCUGAGAUUAGCAAUAUAAGAGAAUUUUAUUUGUUACAUUUUUUUUUGGAAGGGAAAUUUAUUUGUUACUCCUUUA